AUUUAUAGCUCUACUUUGGUGGAACACGUCUGUCCGCUCAAAGCAAAGAAAGAUUUAUCUGAUGAAGAAGAGAACGAUAUGCUUGAUUAUCUAAAUACAUCUCAAUAUCAGAUGGCUGGUAUUAUUGCCAUCUCUUUGAGUCGCAUCUCUAAUGAAUACACUGAAAAUUAUACUCAUGCUGUCAAGGAAGACCUUGUGAAGUUCUAUGGCAAUUCUUUUUACCUGAAAGUUGUCAAGGAGCAUGUGACACUUUACUGCCAUGGAAUGAUUAAUGUGGAUUUUGAAUCUGAAGUUGAAGAUGACAUCCUUCCUGUAUUUGUAAAGGAGAGAGUUCAACGUUGGUGUAGAGUUUGUGCUUCUAAUCAACAGCAAUUGCUGAGAGUGCAUUUGGUGGACCUGCAGAAGAGGCAUUGGCAUCACUUGAAAAACCGAUUGCUGAUUUGCCAUCUCUAAUUGUCCAAACUACUCAGGGGUGAGUAUGAUAUGAGGAAUGUGCAAGUUGAUUUUUCCAGUCAUAAAAUUAUCACUCUACAUGGUCGUGGUGUUUCACUGAUCAACUAGAAAGUCCAUUCAAGUUUCAAUCAACCAUACAGUUUGGGUUAAUUAAACUUUUUAAUCAUGUUGUCAAUCAAAUAUCAAAUGUGUGAUGCUGUAAUUGCGUAUCAUUUCUCAUUAAGAUUUGUUUUCAGGUUCAAAUAUUAAUCCCAGCAUUGAGGAAUACACACAUGGAGUAAUAAUACAGUUUCAAUCAUUUGAAGCUUUUGUGAUAUUUUUGAGCAGCUCAGAAUACAUAGAAGUAGGGAGACUGACUUAUAUUAUGCUUAUAUGGGGCAUUUCUUACAACUUUGUGCCAUCAAUUCUUUGCUACUAAAGUUUCAAGUACAAAUUCUUAAAUUUUGGGUCGCAAAAAUUGCUCCUGCCAAAACGGAUGCGAGAACUCAAAAUUUAUUUUGAAAGUUGAGAAUUUUAAGUUGUGAUUGGCCAGGAAUUUAUGAAAUCAAGUGUGUGUAUAUAUAUAUUUCUGUCAAGUGAAUUUUAACUUUUCUUUUGGUCAUUGCACUGGCUGUCGCAACUUUAUCAACAGGGAAGAUCAAUCAUAAGAGGAGUGUGAAUUAUCUUUAAGUUUGAAAUAACAGAUGUGGAGCAGCAAAUUUGAGCUGAUCAUCAGGAAAAAGCUUCCCAUUCAUUUCUCUGUUGAUCCGGUGGGUAAAGAGCUUAUGUAGCAAGGAUCCCAUUGUUUCUGCUGUGCAUUUUUCUGCUCAUAUAAGCUGAGGAAUUAUGAAAGGAUACAUGCAUUGUAUAUGAUUCAAUGAAUGCUAGCAACGGUGGAAAACAAUUUCAGCUCAGUGGCCUUCAACUUUCUGCGAUCAAGCACAUUGGCAUUUGUGCAGGUUUGCCAUGGAAAUUGGUAAUUGGAAUUUGUUUUGACGGCUGGUCUCUAUAUAUUCUUCACUCGCAGUUCUCUGGAUAUAUCUGCAACUAAAAAGCUGGUUCCAAUGGGUAUGGUGAUCAACAUGAGCAAGAACAGACAAGGGCUUUGAUAGCAUAGUUCAAUGUUGAACAUCUAAGAAGCAGUGGCUCCCAUCCUAUGAUUCACAAGUGGAGUUGUCAAUACGAACGCCUCUCUCUGUGCUUGUUUUGGUGAUUGAUGUCGGCUUUUGACUUUGCAUCAACUGCAUCUCUUCUUUGCCCAUGGCUUUUUACAAAGAUAAUAUUGUUUCAGUACAUUCACAGAGACAAUAUGCGGUCAAAGGUGGCUAAUAUGUUGGAUUUUUUCUAUCUCUAACUUAUUCAAUAUACUUCACCACCUAUACAUCGAA